UCGUCGCCGCCGCCGCCGCCACCACCACCACCACCAGCAGCGCCGGAGCCGAGAGGAGACCGCGGGCCUCGCCGCCCAGCCCCUUCUCCUCUUCGCCGCCAGCUGCCAGCCCCCCUCGGAGAUCACUGAAGGUGGUUCAGGGGAGCAAUAAUAAGGCUGUAAAGGACUUGUUCCAACAAACUAUUAAAACAUGGUGGAUUACUAUGAAGUUCUAGGUGUGCAGAGACAUGCCUCACCAGAGGAUAUUAAAAAGGCGUAUCGUAAAUUGGCACUUAAGUGGCACCCGGAUAAAAAUCCUGAAAAUAAAGAAGAAGCAGAAAGGAGAUUCAAACAAGUAGCUGAGGCAUAUGAGGUGUUAUCAGAUGCCAAAAAACGGGACAUCUAUGACAAAUAUGGAAAAGAAGGAUUAAAUGGUGGAGGUGGAGGAGGUGGAAGUCAUUUUGAAAAUCCAUUUGAAUAUGGAUUCACAUUCCGGAACCCAGAUGAUGUCUUCAGGGAAUUUUUUGGUGGAAGGGACCCAUUUUCAUUUGACUUCUUUGAAGAUCCAUUUGAGGACUUUUUUGGAAAUCGAAGAGGGACUCGUGGAAACAGAAGCAGAGGUGCGGGACCCUUUUUCUCUGCCUUUGGUGGAUUUCCAGCUUUUGGAAGUGGGCUUUCUUCAUUUGAUACAGGAUUUACUUCAUUUGGUUCAGUGGGGCAUGGAGGCCUUACUUCAUUCUCUUCUACAUCAUUUGGUGGUAGUGGGAUGGGUAACUUCAGAUCCAUAUCAACUACAACUAAAAUAGUAAAUGGCAGGAAAAUCACUACAAAGAGAACUGUUGAGAACGGUCAAGAAAGAGUAGAAGUUGAAGAAGAUGGCCAGUUAAAGUCCUUAACAAUAAAUGGUGUAGAAGAUGAAGCCGCCUUUGCAGAGGAGUGCAGCCGCAGAGGACAGAAUGCCCUGCCUUUCCAGUCCAGUGCCCGUUCUCAGAAGAUGAAUCGGCCUGCUCCCUCCAAACCUGUGCCUCAAAAUAUUUCUGUGGAGGAGGAGCAGGAUAAACCUCGGGUCAGCAGCAGCUGGGAGUCCCCCAUAUUCUUAGCAGGACACAAAGAAGGUGGCAAGAGGAAGAAACAGAAACAGAGAGAAGAGCAGAAGAAGAAGAAGUCGACCAAAGGGAACCAUUAAAACGGACUUGUCAGAGGCGCCAGUACCUUUUCACCACAUGAUCCUAUACCAUUUGAACACAUCCCUGUGUGUGUGUGUAUUGUUUUGGUUGUACACACUGUUAGGCAGAAGACAGCUCGUGUUUUAAUAUUGUACUAAAUUUGCACUAUCACAGUUUCUCGUGAGACUCCGGACAUUUUAAUAACGGGUUGUCAGGUUAGGCAGGUGAGAAGACUGCCAGGUUAGUGAUUGGUGGUUUGGUGAUGUGUGUUGUGUUGGCAGUUUGGAAGAUUGUAGAUGUUUUUACCUUGUGUCCUUCCCCCACUGGGGCUAAGCGCCUCUCUAGCGAGCGUUUUCCUCUGGGUCCUGCUGUUAAACCUCUGUCUCACUCUUUUCAUCCAUGCAACUCUCAUACAGACUGCUGCCACAGAGCCCUGAUGAAGCUGACUGGUGACAGGUUGGGCCAUUGAAGGAUCUGCCAAGUGACCCUUUUUCCGUAAGGGAGGUAGAACAUAUGCUACUUAGCAAGAUAAUUAAAGCUGGCAUAAUUUAAGAAAACUGUAAUACUGUGAGCUAGACAUUGAUUCAUGAAGAAGGUACUUUCUCUUAAGUAGAAGAUAACCAGGCCUGGGCCCAGAUGUUUCUGGGCCUCUGACUUUGUCUCAUCAUAGGUACUGCCAGGUGACCAGUGAAAUCAUUCAUUCCUUACUUUCAUUAUGACCUUAGUCCCCAAACUCUCCAAACCGUCCAAAUUCUGCUUUAAAAUCCUGUUUGUUUGUUUGUUUUUUGCGGGGGGGAGGUAUGUGAUGCAGAAUCUUGUCCAAAUUCUACUUCGAAAUUCAGGGUUUUUUUUGGGAGGGGGUGGUGGUGUAGAAUCUCUUCUUUUUUUAAUCGUAUUUAUGAGAUUCCCUUUUAGGGGAUGUACCGAUUCUGCCCCAAUAAUCCUUGUUCUACGGUGAUAUUUUGACUCUUCUCAUUAGGGUCAUGAUGAGGGGAAGGAAUAAGUUAGUUUAAAGAGACAUCUGCUAUCCUGAAGGAAUAGGCUGAGCUGACUUUAGUUUGCAAACAUUCUCUUCAUUAAAAAAAAAAAUCAUUUCUUUUGAAUCUGACAGGAUCACUUUCCAGCUCCCUAUAAUUAUUUCAUUUGCAUGACCUUAUUGCUCCUUAACCUUUUUUUUUUUUUCCCUUUGAGCACUCACUAGAAUUUUUGUAUUGCCUUAACUUGAUUCCUUGCAUGUUCCUUGGCAGUGAAUUCCUCUUUCCUUCUUAACACCAGGGCCUCUGGGUCACACUGGUUUGUUCUUUUGUGUCUUUGAGCUGUAGUCAUCGUGAAAUCUUUGAUGUGACUGGGGAAAAUGAAAAAGCCAGCAGCUUCCACCUAGCACUGUUGAAGGCCGAGCUCUCUUUGGUAAAAUGCAGCGUGUCAAUAUGCUGUAACAACACACCGAGCUUGGGAAGCCAGAAUACAAAUGUAGCCACUGCUUGUAUGGAAUGAUUGUUAAAAUAAUGUUUUAAGGGCCUUUUAUCAGAGGUGGGGGGAGCGGGGAGCGGGGAGGGAAGGAGGGUAGGUUAAUUGAGAACCCUGGGGUGGCUUAGUAUUUAUGCUUGUCAUGAAAACUGUAACCUUAAUAAACAUUGAUUCUUUACUUCAUAUGCAGGAUAUUUUAGGUACUACAUAUGUGAAACAUUAAGAUUUAGCAUAGCCCUUCUGUCGGUCACUUGAUAAGUACCAAUAAAUUGUUUGUGCUGUGUUACUAAUAUUUAAAAAUAAAAGCAAUUCUCUUCA